AUGCUCAUCGUCGACUCCGCGCCCGCCCCCGCGGCAGCAGUCAAUGACCAGCAGCUCCCCGACCUCGCAAAGCUCACCAUCUCCGAGCCCACCCCCAUCACCGUAGAAACCAUACCCGCCAUAGAAGAUGCCCCAGCCCCUGCACCCGCCGCCCCAGCGCACGUCCACCCCGACGGCCCCAAAGUGUCCGCGCCCUUCCAAUUCGGCUCGCGCCUGCUCCUCUCCGAAGACGAAGUCUUCACCUUCAACGCCUGGGACCACGUCGAGACGGACCCGGCCUACAAAGCCUACAGCGCGGCGCAGUACGCCAGCCAGCGGAGCAAGCCCGUCAGCGCGAGCGACAAGAAGCGCUUCAUGAGCGACCCCGCAAAGUGGUGGGACCUCUUCUACAAGAACAACAAGGAGAACUUCUUCAAGGACCGCAAGUGGCUGCAGCAGGAGUUUCCCAUCCUGGCGGAGGCGACGCGCGAGGGCGCGGGCGAGGUGGUCAUGGUGGAGCUGGGGUGCGGCGCGGGGAAUACGCUGUUUCCGGUGCUGAAGCAGAAUGCGAAUGAGGGCUUCCGUAUCGUGGGGUGUGAUUUUAGCGCGAAGGCGGUGGAGGUGGUGAGGACGCAGCCGCUGUAUGCGGAGCAUGUGGGGAGUGGGAGGGUCAGGGCAGAGGUGUAUGAUUUGUCGGAGCCGGAUACGCUGCCGGUGGGCGUGGAGGAGGGGACGGUGGAUGUGGUGAUCAUGGUGUUUGUGUUUUCUGCGUUGGCGCCCGAGCAGUGGAGUGCGGCGCUGGGGAAUGUUAGACGGAUGCUGAAGAAGGGCGGUAAGGUCCUGUUCAGGGACUAUGGGAGAGGUGACUUGGCCCAGGUCAGGUUCAAGGCGGGAAGGUAUCUCGACGAGAACUUCUAUGUUAGAGGUGACGGGACGAGGGUGUACUUCUUUGAGCAGUGGGAGCUCAGGAAGAUAUUUACCGGUGAAGCAGGAGAGACUGAGGAGGUCAAUUACAAGACCGAGAACGGGGAAAUAAAAGAGAGGGAGAAGAAACCUGUGGUCGAGGAACAGGUGCCGCAAGAGGAAGAAGAGACACAGGAGGAGCCAAUCACAACGGUAGAGAAGACCGAGGAGGAACAGCAGCAAACGUUCCCGGAAGGCGAUUUUGGCGGCUUUGUGGCAAGGGAGAUGGGCGUGGAUAGACGUCUGCUCGUAAACCGAAAGCGGCAGCUGAAGAUGUAUCGAUGCUGGAUGCAGGCGGUUUUCGAGAAGCUUUAG